GAAUGUAUAAUAUGAACAUACGCCCCUAAAUAUAAGCCUGUGCUGGCGGACUGCUUGGCUAAUAAACACAGCCUUUAUAAAAUGGUGAUUUCCACUGGCAAGCCUAAGCCCAAUGUCACAUUGAUCCGAUACCGUUUUGCAGAUAUGCUACGUUCCGCUCUAUCUCUAUCAUACAACGACGUGUCUUUGAAGCGUUAUAUGUAGACGCAGAGCCGCUAGCGCUCAGUGCGGCUCACAUCCAUUCAUCGACUAUUGACAAGCUCUCCCUGUUCAGCGGUUUGACCGGAGCUUCUCUCUAGCGCUGCCAGUGGACACCCAAACCCGCACACCCACCUCUGCUGCCACUCGCCUUUUUUUUUCACCCCCCCCCAUUUCUUACUUCUGCUCUAAAUUACAUAGGUAGUCGAAGUCUCUUAGCUGUAAACCUCGUCGCGACGCUUCGUGAUCCGGUAGCAGCAGAAUUAAAUAAUUCCGAGAUACAGCAUGGAGUCCCCUCCAGAUCCGACGAGCGACCCGGGCAACAGCGCCUCAGAGUCGGCUACCCCGGUCAGGGAGAGUCCGGCGAACCUGGAGACCCUUCGCAAAGCUGACCUCCAAGCUCCGGUCCGAAGGCAGAGCUGUUCCAGCACCAACAGAGGUAUUUCAGUAACAAAGAAGACACAUACUUCUCAAAUUGAAAUUAUUCCCUGCAAGAUCUGUGGAGACAAAUCAUCAGGCAUCCAUUACGGUGUGAUAACAUGUGAGGGGUGUAAGGGCUUCUUUAGGAGGAGUCAGCAGAGCAAUGCUGCAUACUCGUGCCCGCGUCAGAAGAACUGCCUGAUCGACCGCACCAGCCGAAACCGCUGUCAGCACUGCCGACUGCAGAAGUGUCUGGCCGUGGGGAUGUCCCGGGACGCGGUGAAGUUCGGGCGCAUGUCGAAGAAGCAGCGCGACAGCUUGUACGCUGAGGUGCAGAAGCACCGGCUGCAGCAGCAGCAGAGAGACCACCAGCAGCAGCCGGGUGAGGCCGAGCCGCUCACGCCCACCUACGGCCUCUCCGCUAACGGCCUCACCGAGCUGCACGACGACCUGAGCGGCUACAUGGACGGCCACACGCCUGACGGCGCCAAGCCCGACUCGGGCGUCAGCAGCUUCUACCUGGACAUCCAGCCGUCGCCCGACCAGUCCGGCCUGGACAUCAACGGCAUCAAGCCGGAGCCCAUCUGCGACUUCACGCCCGGCUCGGGCUUCUUCCCCUACUGCUCAUUCACCAACGGCGAGAGCUCGCCCACCGUCUCCAUGGCUGAGCUAGAGCAUCUGGCCCAGAACAUCUCUAAGUCCCACAUGGAGACAUGUCAGUAUCUGAGAGAGGAGCUGCAGCAGAUGACCUGGCAGGCUUUCCUCCAGGAGGAGACGGAGAGCUACCAGAACAAGCCCAGAGAAGUCAUGUGGCAGCUGUGUGCCAUUAAAAUCACAGAGGCCAUCCAGUACGUGGUGGAGUUCGCCAAGCGCAUCGACGGCUUCAUGGAGCUCUGCCAGAACGAUCAGAUCGUGCUGCUCAAAGCAGGCUCUUUGGAGGUGGUGUUUGUCAGAAUGUGCCGUGCCUUCGACCCUCAAAACAACACAGUCUAUUUUGAUGGAAAGUACGCCGGCCCUGAUGUGUUUAAGUCAUUAGGCUGUGACGACUUGAUCAGCUCUGUCUUCGAGUUCGGGAAAAACUUGUGUACUAUGCACCUGUCUGAGGAUGAGCUCGCCCUUUUCUCCGCAUUUGUGUUGAUGUCUGCAGACCGCUCUUGGCUCCAGGAGAAGGUGAAGGUAGAGAAACUGCAACAGAAGAUCCAGCUGGCUCUUCAACAUGUCCUACAGAAGAACCACAGAGAGGAUGGCAUACUGACAAAGUUGAUAUGCAAAGUGUCGACCCUGCGAGCGCUGUGUAGCAGACAUACAGAGAAGCUGACUGCUUUCAAAGCAGUAUACCCGGACAUUGUGCGUGCCCACUUCCCCCCCCUGUACAAGGAGCUCUUUGGAUCGGACUUUGAGCAGUCCAUGCCCGUGGACGGCUAGUGGGCCCGCCGCCUGGCCCCUGCCCCGGAGGGUCGACAGCGCCGCGGGGAAUGUCGAGCAUGAAUCUGAGACACUUUACCAGUGCCCUGCACACAUACACACGCGUACACAAACACAUGCCCACACAAACACACACACGCUCGCGCACACACACAUACACAAUACAUGCUUACAGACACACACCAGGACAGCUAACCUGCUGCACAAACAACUCACUUUUUUUGCUUUUUUGUUUUUUUUUGCUUUUUUUUUGCUUUUUUUUUUUUGCUGUUGUUGUUU